CCACUUCCUCCCCACCUCCUCCUCUCCUCCCCCCAUCUCCUCCUCUUCCCCCUCCCAUAUCCUCCUCAGCCUCCCCACCUCCCCCCUCUCUGCCCCUCCAGCCUCUCCCCUGGACCUUCUCUCCUCCUCCCAGCCCGCGGAACCAUCUCUCCUCUCCUCCCCUCUCCCCGGGUUGUGUCUCCUCCCCCGCCCCGUGUCGGCUCGUGUCCCCGCCUGGGGCCAGGCCUGUGCUUCCCGCGGGCGGGCCGGUGCUGGAUGUCCGGGCGGACGGUGGACGGGCGGCGGGGCGAACUGGGCCGGAGUGCGGCGGCGGCGGCGGCGGCUGGGGCCGGUCCCCGGGCAGCCCCGCCCUGCGGCAGCGGCGAGGCCAGGGCGGGGCGCAGACGGAUGGCGGAGAGUCGAGCUCGGCUCCCCCGGCUCCCGGGGCCGGGUCCGGGUCUGUUCCCCGACUCCGGCCCGCGGAGGCGCCCGGCCCACGGCCACCGGCUGCGGAAGGUGACGCUGACCAAGCCCAGCUACUGCCAGCGUUGCACCGACUUCAUCUGGGGGCUGGGCGGCUUCCAGUGCGACUUUUGUAAUUUCAUGUGCCACGAGAAGUGCGUGAAGAACGUGAAGACUCUCUGUUCAUGUUUGGCAGCAAACCUGGUGAAGGUUCCUGUGGCGCAUAGUCUUGGGGCUCCUGCACUGUACAAGAGGAAGUUCUGCGUGGUGUGUCGCAGGCAGCUGGAGGAGAGUCGUGCGAUGAGAUGUGAAGUGUGUGAACUACACGUCCAUGUGGAUUGCAGCCCGUUUGCCUGCAGUGACUGCCGACGAUGCCAUCAAGAUGGGCAACAUGAUCGGGAGUCAUAUCACCACCACUGGCGAGAAGGAAAUCUAUUGCCCAGUGCUCGCUGUGACGUCUGUAAGAAGGCCUGUGGGUCAUCGGAAGUGUUGUCCGGCUUUCGAUGUGAAUGGUGUGGGAUAACGGUUCAUGCUGAUUGUUACAGUGACCUUACACCAGAGUGUAAUUUUGGCAGAUUACAGAACAUGAUAUUGCCUCCUGAUUGUGUGCGUGUAUGUGCACGUAGCUUCAGCAAUUUCCACUCUUUCCGGAUAUCGGAGCACUCGCAAACAGAGCAGGGAGAUGAGGAGAGUGGUGAAGAUGAUGAUCCUACUGGAAACCCUGGCUCAUAUAAAGACCCUCAGCCUCCUUCCACAACCGAUUCAGGUAAACAGACGUUAAAGAUAUUCGAUGGUAAUGACACAGUGAAACGCAAUCAAUUUAGAUUAAUUACCGUUCCACGCAUUUCAAAAAUAGAAGAAGCAGUGGAAGCUGCGCUGAGAAUAUUCUACAUUCCAGGCAACCCCCAGGACUACGAACUCCAGGUUUUAAGCCAGGACGCGCUGCUCGGUGAAGAUGUCAACAGGAAUGGGGAGAGUGUGGAGAGCAGGAAGCUGCCAGUGUUCCGGGACACUAUUCCUGAGGCCUGGGUUCUGCGAGCAAAGCCAAAGCAAUCUGAAGUCGUCAGAAUAUAUCCCGAAUGGUUAAAGUUUGGCGUGGCCUACAUCUCCAUUCCUGUAACAAUGGAGACCACAGUGAGAGCAGUCAUUCAGGAGGUGCUUCUACAACUUGGGCUGCAGGAUGAAACUAUUGACGAUUUCCAAGUGGUGGAGGUCUACAUGGGCUGUAAACAGGUGCAGAGAGUGGUGUUGACUCAGUUUGAAUAUUUGCUUUGCAGACUUCAACAUAUCAGGAAGCUCUCUGUUCGUCAAAUGAACCAGACGAGAUUCUACAUCACGAAGAAGCAGAAGAGUGUAGUAGAGGUGAAGCUGUUGCUCAUGGGGCUGCCACAUCACCUGUCUCAGGACCAGUACUUCUCAUUGCUCACUACUUACCUGGACAUCAAACGGAAUGCAGUGUCUCUUAGUUACCUAUACGCAGAUCAAGGUGCCGUUGUGCUGGAGAUUUCUUGCUUUGCUGAGGCGGAGAGGAUUUACAUGCUUGUUAGAGACACUACCAUCAAUGACAAACAGCUCUCUACAGUUAUAAUUCCUGACAUUCAGGCCUCCCAGCUGCCCCUGGAGUCCUGUCCUCUCCUUCUCUUCGUCAAUCCAAAGAGCGGGAGUUUGAAAGGAUGCGAGCUGCUGCACUCUUUCCGGAAACUUCUGAAUCCUCAUCAGGUCUUUGACCUUACAAAUGGAGGUCCUUUGCCAGGGGUGCACACGUUCCGGCAGGUGCCGUGUUUCCGGAUCGUGGUGUGCGGGGGUGAUGGCACGGUGGGCUGGGUGCUGGGAGUGCUGGAGGAGGUUCGACACAAGCUGGCCUGCACGAUGCCCCCCGUGGCUGUACUACCCCUCGGGACAGGCAAUGACCUGGCCAGGGUGCUACGCUGGGGACCUGGUUACGCCAAUGAGGAUCCCUUCUCCAUCCUGGUGGCCGUGGAUGAGGCAGACGAGGUCCUGAUGGAUCGGUGGACAAUCCUUCUUGAUGGCCAGCAGCUUACUGAGAGCACUGAGAAUGGAGCCUCUGAACUGGAACCACCAAAGCAGAUCGUACAUAUGAACAACUACUGUGGGCUGGGCAUCGAUGCUGAGCUCAGCCUGGACUUCCACCUGGCUCGGCUGGACGACCCCGGCAAGUUCAACAGCAGGUUUCAUAACAAGGGGGUGUACGUGAAGGUGGGUCUACAGAAGAUCAGCCACACACGUGGUCUACAUAAGGACAUCAAGCUGCAGGUGGAUGACAAGGAGCUCGAGCUACCCAGCAUCGAGGGCCUCAUCUUCCUCAACAUCCCCAGCUGGGGAUCAGGAGCAGAUCUGUGGGGCGGAGACAGUGACAGCCACUAUGACCGGCCCCGCAUCGAUGACGGGAUGCUGGAAGUCGUCGGAGUCACUGGUGUGGUCCAUAUGGGGCAGGUGCAGAGCGGCCUGCGGUCUGGCAUCCGGAUAGCACAGGGCACCUACUUCCGCGUGACGCUGCUCAAGGCCAUCCCUCUGCAGGUGGACGGCGAGCCCUGGAUCCAGUCCCCAGGGAUCAUCAUCAUCUCUGCUGCUGGCCCAAAGGUUCAUAUGUUGAAAAAAUGCAAACAGAAGCAGAAAAAACAUCCUAGUAGUUUCAAGGAUUCAAGAACUGAGAUCUCUCCUGCCUCAGAAGUGAGCAGCUGAAAAAUCAACAAUCUUUUCCAGUUCAUUUGAAGAUGUGGUGACAUAAAUCUCAAGGUUACAUGCUGAACGAUAUCCAGUUUGCAGGAAGUCAGUUUGUAAUAAUUCUGAGAUGUAUUUGUUUCCGCUCAAAAUGUAAUUGGAGCCUUGCCUGACAUUCCCGUAACAGACACUGAAUUAGCAACUACACAAUUCCUGUUUCUUGUUCAACAAGGUGGAAGAAUUACCAAUUAAUUAACAAUAAACCUACACGAGGAAAUGCCUCAAUGUUUGCCCCUUCGGGACCUGCUCUGUGAACCAUAAAACAAGCAGCCCUUCACUCCUACAUGGGCUGGGAAGGCGUGGUCAAUCCAUUCACAAGACCUCCAGUUUCCACCUUGUGGCUCCUUGUCCCUUACUUUGAAAACAAAUCUCAAAGCAUUUCUGAAUUAUUUUAUUCCAAACCUACAAAUAUUCCUUUUAAGAGACAAGAGUCUUAUAAAUAUUCUUAAUUUAGAAACAGGACAUGGAAACAAGUAUUGGUUUACCUCAGAUUACUUAAUUAGUGUUGAGAUGAUAAAGCCAAUUAAUUAAACGUACACCUUGAUGCUGAUCUUUAGUGUACUUUGAAAAAGACAUGUUUGCAAAGAGAAAAUAGUUUUAUACAUAUUUAUGUUUGUGGGUGAUAUUCAGGGAUAUGUCGUUAAUGUGUGGAUGAACACUCUUUAUUGAUUAGUCUUUUGGCCGAUAGAACAUUAAUGCCAUUGAAAUUAAUGCAACCCUAGAUUGUAAACACACUAUUCAUAAUCUUUUAAUGCAGCAACUGGUUAAAUAGCAAAGUAUCUCUGACAUGUGUAACAACACUAACUGUACAGACUUUUAGAUUUGUUGGAAAUUAGGUUGCCCUUUUGAAAUAUAUAGUGCCAAAUCAGCUUAAAUGGAAUCAUUUCAAGCAGCUCUGUGCAAACGUUUUGUCUCACCUGAGUUUUCUUCAUGUGCCUAAUUUUGUAAACCAUAUUCUUGCAAAUUUUCAUUCUGGGGUUAUCUCAAGGCCACUUUGCCGUAAUUCGCGCGGCAUUUACACAACCUGCUAGCGUGUGGGUAGCGCGGGACGGGCGCAUGGAGUGGUGUGGAGUGGCAUGGAGGGGUGUGGACUUCGUCCUGCACAAAAUCUUCGCGCGCGCCACCGACCUGUCGCGUAACUGACGGCCAAAGUAGGACAGGCCCAGCAGAUCACGCACCGUGAUUAAUUCCUGCUAAACCUUGCAAAGCUGCAGCAGCUGAGUGGCUGAAGAUCGUCACUCUGUUUGUUUGACUCAUUCCUUACAGGCAAUAUUUCCCUCUUUGUUUCCUCUGCCGGCUUUGGUGGCCACUUGUCUUUCACCAUCGCAUUCUGCAAGGAAUAAUGUCCUCAUGAUAGUUACAAACUGUAGAAACACAAGAGACUUCAGGUGCUGGAAUCUCGAGCAAAAUAAAGUGCUGGAGGAACUUCAACCGUCAAAAGGUGUCUGUCCAAUUCUCUCCUCAGAUACUGCCUGAUUCACUGUUGCUCCAGCAGUUUGUGUUGUUACAAACUUCACUUGCCAAUCCUUUAUUCUACGACAAUCUCACAAUUAGUACAAUAGGGCCAGGCAGCAUCUCUGGAGGGCAUGAAUAGGCGACGUUUCAGGUCAGAAGAAGGAUUCCCAUGCCUGGUAUGAUGCCUGACCUGCUGAGCUACUCCAGCACUUUGUCUUUUUGUUCUAAACCAGCAUCUCCAGUUCCUUGUGUUCCUGCUAUUAGUACAUUGCCUGGUUUUAGCAAUAAAUGACAAUGUUUAUCCUACAGGUGACAAAGUAUAAAAGCAGCCAAAAUAGCAUUUUCAAAAGCUACAUCUGGUAUCUAGUUUUCAUAUAAAACAAAGCCAGUGCUGGAGGCAGCAGCCUCACAUCCCCAUAUAGGGUGAUUUCACGAAAGGUCACUGGAUCAUAGAUCCUCACCCACGUGACCGCAAAAUCCAACUGGGGUACAAGCGUCACUUCCGGUACAUGUUAUUGAUGCUGAAAACGCGCACUUUCAAACCUGUUAAAAACCGCGAAAACGGCCCGUUUUUGAGCUGUA